AUGUUCUACGAACACUACUUUGACGUGGGCUCCGAAAACGAGGCCCUCUUCUCGUGCGACUGGUCCUUCGCCGCAUCCAAGGACCCACUCAGCGGGGCGAUGGAGUACUACGUGGGAUGCGGCAUGCGCGGCAAGCUCGACGGGGAGGGCAUCAGGAAACACGGCCGGCCGCCCGUACAGCUGUCCAUCGUACUCGACAUCUCCGGCUCCAUGGACGUACCCUUCCGCCCCGAUGACACCAAGACCAAGCUGGAAGUGGCCAAGGACUGCGUGAUGACCCUGCUCGACAAUCUCCAGCCUAAUGAUGCCUUAGGCCUCGUCGUUUUCGAUGACGAGAUGGAUGUGGUGCAGGAGAUGCAGUUGGUGAGCGCGCUGGACAUGGCGGCGCUCAAGGCGGAGGUCACCAAGCUCCGCCCGCGCUGGUGCACCAAUAUGCUUAGGGGCUUCCGCGGCGGUGUGCAGCUCAUCACCCAAUACAACGCACGAACCGCGGAGGCCCGCGACCGGCCCGCCCAGCGCUUCAAGCAGUUUUUCUCCGACCUCAUCGCAAUCUCGAAGCCUCGCGCCCACUCCAAGCGCAUCAUGUUUCUCACCGACGCCUGCCCAAAUGGUGGGGAUGAUGAACAUCUCCUGGGCGCUGCACAAAAGUGCGUGGAGGAGGGCCAGAUCUAUACCACCUUCAUCGGCCUCGGCGUCGACUUUGGCGUCGAGUUGGUGAACUCGAUCGCGCAGAUCAAGGGGUGCAACUAUUUCACGGUGAUGUCUUCUCCCGAGUUCAAGAAGCUCAUGGAGCAGGACUUUGACUACGUGGUCACCCCGGCCUGCUUCGACCUCGAUGUCGCCAUCGUCCAAGACGGCACCUCCGCCGUUCAAGUUCAGCGGGUGUAUGGCUCGCCCGGGCACGAGAUUCCCACAGACGGCCUGUUGUUGCACAUGGCGAGCGGUUUUCCUUCGGCCAUAGAUGAGAACGGAUGCACCAAAGGCGGCAUGAUCCUCGUCAAGGUGGCCCCGUCCCCCUCCGGCCCUCUUGUGAAGCAGGUGCUGGAGCUGAUGGUGACGUACAGCGACGUUGAUGGCAAGAAGUACCAAAGCAAGAACAGCCUCGAGGUCGAGUUCGGAGUCGACGACGAGCGCUACUCGAACAACGCCAUCCGCAAGGCCAUCCUCCUCACCAGGUUCGUGAAUGCGAUGAAGUGGUGGAUCACGGACCACCAGCAGCCCGAUGCGGAACCGGGCGCGACAGUGUCGGAGUCAAACGGCAUCCCGCCGGCGCCCGUGGGCGACAAGGACGUCGGCUCCCCCUCGCUCCGGGUGUCGCCGCACUACAAGGCCGCGUUCAGCCGCCUCCUCGCCCACUACGAGCGCGCCGCCGAGCAGCUGGUCGACGCCGGUGACGUCGGCGACCAGCUUAACGAGCACGCUCGCCAGCUGGUGGGCCUCAUCGACUUCAUCUCGGCCGACGAGAUCCAGCGCGUGCUGGCCACCGUCACCACCGACGACGAGGUGGCCGGCGUCAUCAGUAAUACUACUGCCACUGUGUCAUCGUUCGUCGAUGCCGACGAGCUGCAGCGCCGAUGCGAGGCGGCACUGAAGGUGGACGACCUGAGCGCCAAGCGUAGCGCCUUCGAGACGGAGAUCAAGCGUCGGCUGAAGAACGUCAUCGUGGCCAGGCUGGCGGCCCGCGAGGACAAGGAGGCGCUCAAGCAGGCCCUCACGGUGAGUGCGACGACCGACGACGGCGGCGGCGACAAUGGCCAGACGGCGGCGGCUGCGGUGGAGGCCAAGCAAGCCGAGGUGGUGGAGGAGCUGGCGGGCUUCAUCCGAGCGAGGCCCGACCAGGACUGGAGCGAGUGGCAGGACAUCGUGGAGGACGAACUAUACAAACUGGUCCACGGCGAGCCUCGGUUCAGGGGUUUUGUCUGGGGGGGUUUCUAA